AUGCACGCAAUCGCUCACAGCCAGACACUGCUCCUUUGCGAUUUUUGCCUGCGAAUCAAUUCGAAAUUGGCCAUAGAUGUGUCAUCAGCUCUUGUAUUUAACUCAGCAUGUAGCCGCAUCGCCAACUGUGAAACAUACAACCAGUGCACCGGGCCGACUGACUCAAGAUGCGAGAAGUGUCAAUAUGACAGGGGACCAACCACGAAGGCGUACCAGCUUUCUAGCGAUGGAACAUCGUGCAUACAGGUGUGCUCCUGGCGAGAUGACAGCAAGUUCUGCUACCCCGGCAGAUGUACCCAUAAUACUCCGUCCUCCUGCACAUGCGCACCGGGCUUCAGCGGAAACAACUGUUUGACAAUUGGAACCACUCCCACCAUGCAUUAUUGCUUGGGAAAACUGAAAAGAAUGGUGAACGGACAUGAACGUGAUACGGUAGAGGCACCAUGUAUCAACAGCACAACAGCGCCCUCUACCGUCUGGACCAACAUCAAAUUUGAGUCUAAUCAGCUUCAGAUACAGGGAAAUUGGGAGUCCAGCUUCCAUGGACCCAAUGAGACGGACUGGCCCAGACAUGACUAUAUUGACGGCCACCGGAUAGGUGUGAUCUCAGCAUCAAUGGACUGGUGGCUGCAGCGAGGUGCCGGAAGAGUCAGAAGCGGCACAAUUCACUGUCUCAAUGGUGGCAUUAGCGGAGACAAUCCCAUGCUAUCUAUGCAUGGCUGUGAGAAAAACCAAACAAUACCAGUGACUCCGGAGCACGGAGACAGCAUCUACUUCACAACAAAGUCAACAAAUGGCGGGUACGUCAUCAUCCGGAACUAUGACGGCACGUCCAACUACACCCUGAACCCAAAGGUUUACUUCUCUGGACAAGAGAUCUCGCAUACCGCAUGCUUCACUCUCGACCUGGAAUCCCCCUACCACUGCUCUGUGUCAAGUGACUGUACUGACAACAUGUUGGACAGAGGGCCAGCAAUCACUAGAAAUGGUUAUCUUAAUCUCCGCUGGUCCGGUUGGCGAGACGACGACGCAGGGAUAGGGGAGUAUGACUAUGAAAUCUUCUUGUUGGAGCCAUUAGGAGAGGAGCUCCAAGAAAGAGAUCCGCCUCUUACUAGUGGCAAAGUUGCACCCGGCAUCACAGAAGUAAACGUCACACUUAAUGAACCAGGUGUAUACAGUAUAGUCCUGACGGUAGAGGAUUCAUGCGGUCCGAACGACGGAAACUUCAUCACCGCACGUCGUUUCCUAAUCUUCGACAACAACAGUACAGUUGAGGUGGAUACAUCCGGGCACUUCCCUAUGUGGGUUGAUUCUUUAUCUAGCAACGCUAUCUGGCAGACCAGCUUGCAGGACAGUGCAGGAAAUGGUCCAACGGUAGUUGUAAAGUGGCCAGGUCAUUUCUUCAACAAACUACAUCAUAACAACAAGUUCCUGAACCCUAUCAGGGAACGCCACGUUCCCAUCGCAACUGGGUAUGAAGAAGAUACAGGACUUCCACAGGCCACCAGGUCACGUGAAGCUGUCCUUAAUGUAAACGGCAUCGUGCUGUUCCAAACGGACUAUAGAAUAGAUCACCAAGGAGGGCAGAGUCUCGCUAACUCCCCUGGCAACUGGGUUGACGUUGCCGGUGUAACGGCAGAAGAACAAGCCCUGGACAUCGCUAGACAGGACGGUGACACUAUUUGUGUCUGGAUUCGUGCCUUUGACGUCAUGGGAAACGUCGCAGAGGAUAGCGUCACUUUCCAUGUGGACUCAUCUCCACCAAUUGUGGAAGACAUCUCACUGUCGCGUCAUGACGUCACAGGCUUGGCUGUCCACAACUCUGAAGAUCUCUACAAGAUGAAGGUGGUGUUCACAGUUUAUGAUGACCACAGCGGGCUGCAUGACAUCCACUGGCAGCUACAUGACAUGACGGACCCUCGUGUGGUUCAUGGAGAAGGACAAGUGGCUGUGCACAAGGUGAACGAGUCGGAGUGCACUCCACCCCAGUGCACCUGCAUUCCCAAAGGCAGGGAGUGCUACUUCCGGAACUACCAAAUUGAACCAGAUGAGGCCAAGAUGAUCGAUCCUCUCGGAAAUCACGAUUUUGACUACUACUUCCUGAUCACAGUCACUAACAAUGCUGGAUUGCAGACAAACCGAUCUUUGCAGGUGACAGUAGACAGAAGCCCCCCACUACCCGGUCAUGUUCAGGACAGUCUUCCCGGUGAGACAGACACAGACUACCAGCAGGACGUCAUCAUACAUGCAUCAUGGGAAGGGUUCUUUGACAGAGAAAGCGGCAUCAUGUUCUACCUGGUCUCCAUCGGAAAUAUGUGUACUUCAUUGGAUAACAUGACAUCAGUCGACAACUACUUUAGAACGAAUACAACUUCUACUUACGUCACAUGGGAGACACCGCAUCCGGGCAUUUACUACUGCACAGUUGUCGCCUUUAACCGUGCUCUGGAGCCGUCCGCACCCGUAUGUUCAGACGGUGUGACUGUAGACACCACGCCCGUGCUGAGGGAGGUUGUUGUGGAUAACGCACACUACAAACCGGGACUUCUUCGGGACGGAGAAGGAAACGUUUGGAUGGUGGACAGGAAAGGGUACCGGCAUCAGGCUCCAGACUGUGGGAAUGUGUCAAGGCAGGUAGAUGAUAUUGAGCUGUGGCCACUCCGUCGGCUUCCAAACGGAACAUUGCAUCCCGGGUAUAUUAAUGGCAGUGACUGCAGCCUCUACAAGGAGCUUUCAAUCAAGGCAUACAUGGCUCAAGAGAAUAUGCUAACGGUCCGUUGGUACGGUGAGGACCAGGAGAGUGACAUCUAUGACUACCAGGUUGGGCUGAGCAGUACGGAGUCCCCAGACCUUCCGAACAUACUUCCGUUCACAUCAACAAACUCCCAUCCACAUUUCACCACCUACCAUCCCAACCUGGGGGAGGGGAAACAGUUCUACCUGGUGAUAAGGGCCAUCAACAGGGCUCAAAUAGUUUCCACUAAGAUUCUCGGCCCGUAUAUCGUAGACUGCACGCCGCCGACGUUCUCUGGACAGAUAGAAGUGACUCUAGAACAACAAGAUGGACAGCAGAUGUUGGUGGGACGAUGGGAGGAAGACGCGUUCUUUGAGACCGACGGGGAUGAUGCUCUUCUGUUAUUUGAGUUUGCUGUUGGCCACAGUGCUGGGAGUUCCGAAGUUCACCUUUUCACACCACUACCGGCCACUGAUAAUGACCUUUGUCAGGUUAGCUUCCCAUCGACAUGUGUGUCCGUGCCCGUGUCAUCUCUGGACUGGCAGCUCCACGGGACGCAUACGUACUACCUGUCUGUCCGUGUGGAGAACACGGCUGGGCUCAGCCUGGUCGUCUCGUCAGGACCGUACUUACAUGUGAUAGACUUACCGUCCAGAGGAGUGGUCAUGGAAGUGUCUGAUGCACAACGGGAGCCAUCUGUGUUUGGGCACCAGGGAGACAUUGACUUCCAGAACACCACCGAAGAGCUUCAUUGUGAGUGGCGAGGGUUCAGCCAUCCGCAUCUUACCGUGACGUAUCAGGUUGGUGUGGGCACAGCACCAGGGACUGAUGAUGUCAUUACUUUCGCUGAUGCAGGAAUUGAGACGCAUUUUUCGUGGACACAUCUACAGCUGCAGAGCUUUCAGAUGUAUUACGUCACAGUCAUUGCCCUGACUGAGGCAGGAAAUACAUCUGUGACGUCAGACGGAGUGCGGGUCGUGUUAGAUGAUGACGUCAUCAACGGUACAAACGUUUAUGAUGGACAAGGAUGUAAGGCACCAGGUUAUAAUACGACGUUUUCCAACCACGCUGAGUUCCCGUAUGGAGACUGCUCUGAGGACAUUAACUACCAGGCUUCAAGAACAGCCAUCAGCUCUCAUUGGUCGGUUGAAGGCAACAUACGGCCAUAUGUGCGCCAUAUUGAAUGGGCUCUUGAGCGAGAAGAUGAAAUCAAUGGUGCUACUAUCUGGGAGCAGGUGACUGACUUCAGGAAUGUACAGCUGUCAUCUGAAGCCACCUGGACCUCCCUCAGUCUGACGAGUGGAGACAAGUACCGGUCUGUGUUGAGGCUGUGCCAUACAGCUGGAUGUUUCAGGCCGGUAUUUAGUGACGGAUUCCGGGUUCUACACGAGCCUCCCAUCCCUGGCCAGAUUACAGACAUCAGCUACAACAGCACGGCUGGCGUCCUGACGUUCACAUGGGAACGGUUCACGCACGGUCACGUGACACCUGGGUCCGACAGCUACAUGCUCGGGUACGAAUGGACGCUCGCGAGUGAGAUGUCGUCACAGCCGACUAAACAUGGUGACGUCAUACUGCCAUGGCAGAACAUUGAACAACCAACAACGACAGGCAGUAAGCUUACCAACACGGUGACGUUAUACAAUCCAUUGGACUUCACCCACUGUCUGCGGCUGUUAAUUCGAGGCUACAACAAGGCAGGGCUGUCCUCCAGCUCUAGCCGGGAUGUCAUCAACUGUGACACCGACAACCCGGCAGACUUCAGCACCCCUACUGUCAUCGAUGCAGUGGGCGAGUAUGACCAACAGUCUUCCAACAAGACAAGGUAUGACAAGGAAAGAAAAUACCACCAUGUGACCAGCAAUACCAUAUUUGAAUCAAUGUCCGUGUGCCAGUGUCCCGUUCCGUAUUCGGUCCUUUAUUCAUCUAGCAAGGUACACAAAACCAUAUCUGUGACAUAUGUAUUCAUCUACCUAUACAUAUACCUGGAGUCCAACCAAAGAUGGCCAUUGUCUGAUAAAGAGUUCACCCCAGCUUCUACCAAACUGUCAGCUGUGUGGCCAACAUUACGUCAUGGUCUGUACAACUGGAAAGUCAUCUCCGCAGACUCCAUACGUCACUGGGCAUACGUCACUCCCCAGCAUGCUCUGCGUUACUCGGACUAUGAAUGUGCUAGCCCGGAGGUACUCGCCUGUGGUACAACACAGGAUAAUUUUGUGAACGUACCUGGUCUUGGACUCCACCACGGACGGCGGUACCACAUCUGUAUCCACGCCAACAGGACCGUCCUGCAGUUUGAGACUUUUGACCAGACCCUGGCUGAAGUAGACACCUGUUCUAACGGUAUCACUGUGGACCUGACACCUCCCUUACCUGGACAGGUGUGGAUCAACAGGAGGGACCAGGCUUUUCAGACCUCGACUUCUGAACUGUAUGUUUUUUGGGACGCGUUUGUUGACGUGGAGGAGCACGGGAUGUCAUCUCACCACAGCGGCAUACAGAAAUACGAACUGGCGAUAGGAUCUUCUCAUGGUGGUGUAGACAUCAAGGAUUUUGAAGAACAGAGUGUGACAAACAUGGCCGCCGUGCACAACCUUCAUCUGCAGCAAGGGCACACCUACUACGCCACGAUCCGCGCAACCGACUACGUUGGGUUCUCUGUGACAAGUGUGUCACAAGGUGUUACCAUUGACAUCACCGCUCCCAUGGUAACGGAGGCCACGGUUGACGUCGGCGGUCGUUAUCAUCUGUCUACAUCGUCAAUGACAGCGAGGUGGGACGGGGUUUUCCUGGACCCAGAGAGUGGAAUAUCUCACUACGAGUGGAGUGUUGGCUCCCAGCCGGGUCAUGCUGACAUCAUGCCGUUCACACGGACGGAGUCUGAAGAAGCCGUGUCAGACCCAGCACUGGAUCUACAGCUGCAGGAGGGACAUGCCUACUAUGUGUCUGUUAAGGCGUAUAACGGAGCAGGUCUGUCUGUGAUCGCGGUAUCAUGGCCGACUGUAGUGGAGAGCUCGCCGCCUGAACCCGGGGUUGUCUAUGAUGGGGUUCCAUCAGUGGAUCACAGAGACGCAGACUUCCAGACGGAGCUGGACACGCUGCAUGCGGGAUGGGAGGGAUUCCAUGAUGCUCACACCGCCAUUUUGGGAUACGACUGGAGUGUGGGGACAUGUCCCGGAUGUGAUGACGUCAUGGAAGCAGAACAUGUCGGCUUGCUCACCGAUGUUUCUGCGAGUCAUCUCGGCCUUGUCCCCGGUAAGAAGUAUUACGUCACAGUAACCGCCUGUAACGCAGCAGACCUCUGUACGUCAGUCUCAUCUGAUGGCGUCAUCAUAGACAACUCCCCUCCGGCCCCGGGGGUGGUGUAUGAUGGGGUGGAUGACAUGGACAGUCGCUUCCAAGCAUCAAGGACAGUGCUAGGAGCCCAUUGGUUUGGCUUCCACGAUCCACACUCAGACCUGUCUCACUACGAGUGGCGUGCAGGCACGACCCCUGGCGGAGACGACUUGUACGGCACCACAAGGCUACAUCUGACGGAGUUAGUCCACAUCUCCCAGCUGGAUCCUCCUCUUCCACUAAGCCAAACCGUGUACAUCACGGUUAAAGCCUACAACAAAGCAGGAUUGUACGCUGAGAGAACGUCCAACGGAAUCUGCAUUGAUGAGUCUCCGCCAGUGAUGUUGAAGGAACCAGAGUUUGAUCUAAAACAGGGGGCCAUUAUUCCUGAUACCCAGGUGUGGAGAACAACCCUGUCCGUGAGGUGGAAGGUUGUUGACCCCGAAAGUUCCAUCGAGCGGCAGCACCUGUCAGUCUUCACUCACCAACAGGCCGGGGUGGACAUAGAGCCUGUGGAGAUCGCCGGAUCUAUCCGAGACUUCAGGUUUACCAACCUAUCGUUACAUGACGGGGACACAUACUACGUACGGGUGGUGGCCUGUAACGGCGCCAAGCUGUGUACAUCAGGGGAGACUCGUGGAGUUCUGGUGGACUCCACCCCUCCCACAGUAGGAAUGUUAGCCGUACAGACCGACCAUGCUGCUCAGUUAUGGCGUCACCGCGACGGCUGGAUGACGUACCACCAACAGAUCGGCACCUCCCAGCCUCACGUCAGGCUGGCCUGGCUCGGCUUCACGGACAUCCACACUGGGAUCCAGGAAUAUCACGUCACCAUCGGAUCGACUUUCAGUGGGACAGAUCUUACGAUAGACUGUGUGGUCCUCCCGCACCAGGACGGCCCGUCCCAUGAAGACGAAGGCGCCGUUCAAGUCGCUGUAGUGAACCUCACACGGAACUUGAUAGACAGGGAACACAUCUAUGUCACAAUUUGGGCCGUGAACAAGGUUGGAUUGCAGAGCGUUGUGGCCCAUGAAGCUCUGGAAGUGGUUCCGUCCAACCCGCACAGCGGCCUCCUGUCAUUGGUCAGACGAUGUGACGCACACUCUUGUGAGGGCGACUGCACAUGCGCACCACAGAACCAGAAAUGUGAUCCACUUCUCACCGGAUGCCAAAACGUCGCAGACCGUACAGAGUAUCACAGGGUUCUUGUGUACGACUUGACGGACUUGCGCAGUCAGGCAGCACCAGACACCGGCGUCACACUGUCCCAAUGCACUCUUGCCGCAAGAUGGGAAACAUUCCCGGGAGGUAUAGCGGUUCAAAGGUAUGAGUGGAGUGCCGGACAGGAGGGUAAGGCAGCAGGUACCGGGGUGUUUGAUAUAAAUAAAGACAGGAUCUGGUACGACGUGGGGCUGAGAACGUCAGCCGUGCUGAGCAUCAGGCGGGACAGACCACAAUUAAAACCCCACAUCAGAUACGUGUUCCACGUGCGAGCCUGGUACAGCAGUGACGUAUAUCUGGACUUCCACUCAGACGGCGUCAUGACAGACUUUACACCUCCAGCUGUGUCCAAAUCAAAGAAGGUAGAAGACAUCCCAAACGUAGGUUAUACCGAGGACAUGGAUUUUACGACGGACACCUCCCGUGUGGCUGCAGGGUGGAAGAAUGUGUUCAACGAACCGGAAGUUGGAGUUGCGUACUUCCAAGUGUCAUUGAGCAGUUUCCCUAGACGAGAGGACAUUGUUCCCUACAUCAGUUAUAACCUGUCUGACACCACGAGUGAAGUUCUGAUAGACGGUGUGACGCUACAGUCCGGUGUGAAGUACUUCAGUAACGUCCGAGCCUACAGUCAUGCCGGCUUACACACUACAGUCAGCUCUGACGGCUUUCUGGUCGACACUGAGCCUCCGUCAGCAGGAGUAGUUUAUGACGGAUUGGACAUUCACGACAUGGACUACCAGAACUGCAGUUCUCACGUGGCCGCUAGUUGGCACGGUUUCUCCGACCUCCAGUCGUACAUCCACCACUAUGUGUGGUGUGUGGGUUCCACGCCUGGGACUGACGAUAUCCUGACUUGUACAGAUGUGGGACUAAGUCUGGCGGAAGUGAAAGAAAUUUCACCUGCACUUGCAACUGGUACAACAUACUAUUCUACCGUGUACGCUGUGGAUGCUGCGGGGCUGACGUCAUCACCCGCAAUGUCUGAUGGGAUACUGGUGGACACCACUCCGCCGGCAGUGUUGAACAAGUUUGAUUUCGGAACAAACGUGCUCGGUAACCCGUCAUUCGAAAAUGUUCAGAGUUCUGCAAACACCAACCUUACAACAGACCAUGGAAGUGCUGGAAACGCCAUCAUUUCAGCAACAGAUAACGAAAGUGACAGUAAUUCAAGUCUUACAUCAGACGACGACAUUGUAAGUAACACCAACUUGACAGCAGACAACGACAAGUCAACCCACUGGAACAUCUCCGGUGUAGCGGCCGUGAUGUCCCCGUCCACGGCUGUGUCUCACCACGGAGUUUCCUACCUCCUCCUGCACGGGUCCAUCUCACAGCUCAUCCCGACCAGUCCUGGUGAGAGAUACCGCCUGACGCUUCACGCCUCUCCCAUCUUCCCCUCCAACACACCAGUGGUGGCACAGGAGGGGUACGUGAUCAGUCCCGGCAUGCACCGCGUGUUUAAACUGUAUCAGCGCCCGUCCCACCUGGAAGGGGUGGAGCUACACGUGGACAGGAACAUCACGUGGCACAAGCACGUGUUCUACUUCACAGCUGUAGAACACGUGUCUGAGGUAGUCAUCGGAUCUGUAGGGCCUUGGAGCGGGAUUGCUCUGGACGAUGUAAAGGUCCAAGAGAUGCGACUGGGAUCCCGCCUCCCUCCAGCCAGUCCUAACCCGACCAACCAGCUGACCAGUCCUGUCCACCUGGAGACCAGCUUCGCCCACGACUGGACCUCCGUGCGCGCCGCCUGGGACUUUGUGGACCCGGAGAGUCCGAUAGUCGGCUAUAGCUUGGCCAUCGGUACAGUCAGAGGUGGAACUCAGCUACAAGACUUCAAGACCGUCGGAAGAAACACGUAUGCGCACAAUGAAGACGUGAGACUGAGUCAUGGAUCGUUUGUUCAUGUGACAGUUGUGGCUGAAAACGAGGCCGCUCUCCGUUCUGUUGUGUACUCGGACCCAAUCCAGGUGGACUUGACACCUCCUGUCAUCUCUUGGAUCAAGGACGGCAGCGAGGAAGAGGACGUGGAGUUCCAACAGUCCGAGAUCAUCACAGUCCACUGGAACGUCACUGAUGCUGAGAGUGGGGUGGAGUUCUGUGAAGUCGCGUUAGGUUUGAGUCCAGGGUCAUCCGAAGCCUACCAGUUUACCCAGCAGCCAUCAGUCUGUAGCGCCACCUUUAACCUUUCCGGUCACCUGACCCACGGUGAUACCGUCUACUCCACUGUCCGUUGUCAUAACUACGCAGGGAUGACGUCACACGUGACAUCAGACGGCGUCACCAUUGUCAGUCAGCCGCCAGACAGUGACCACGCCAUAGUAGAGACCAUGAGUGAGCCCCAGUCCUACUACCCGACCCGCGCCUCCCAUCAGUCUGCUGCUGACGUCAUCCACCUGUCAUGGGAAGGCUUCUUUGAUGUUUCCGGCAUUCGGAACUACCAGUGCCGUGUGACUGGCCCUGGUUUGACAGACUUCCCGUGGAUCAAUGUUGGUCAGACCGGACAGACUCACGCAACCCUGUCAGGGCUCCAACUGCACAACUACAACAAGUAUGACGUACACGUCCGAGCUGUCAAUCACGUCGGCAUGGUCAGUCAUGACGUCACCUCUGAGUUCUAUGUGGAGAUGGAGCGACCGCUGGUAGUGGGAAGCGAGUUCAAAAGCUGGUGGCCCCAACAGGGAGUGAUGAUGUUCGACUGGACAGGUGUGUUCCUCAGCAACUCCUCACUCAUUUACGAGGUUUCCAUAGGAACCACGUCAGCCGGAAGUGACGCCAUGCAGUGGAGAGAAACGGAGAAGACCGAGAUGCGUCUUGACGGUGUGGACAUCAACAAAGAGCACUAUGUCGUCAUCACAGCUGUCAAUCAAGCCGGGCUGUACACGACUGAGAGUUUCCUGAUGUCCUACCUGGGCAGUGGAUGAAGGAAAUGACAAAAAUGUAAACACUUGCGUGUUACCUAGUAGUAAAUAGUAACAGUUAUGUUAAUCCGUGUGCUCGAAUAUUUUUCAUUUUUUAUUCAAACACAGAAAUGAGGGGUGAUUACUGUCCAUCGUAACAUGGGCGUAAUUCUAAUAAGUUAUGUUGAUCAUUUUUAACCUGAUUGUUGCUAAUACUCGUAACUUCAAUCUUGUGUGUCACUUCGCAAUAACCUGCGUUAGAUGACCUCGGUAGACUUGUUGUAUAUCAAACGUGGACAGUUUCAGGAAAGUCUACCGGAGAAAGGGUGGUACUAAUAAAUCUAAAAAUGACUGUCAGCUACUAAAUAUCACCAACUACUUGGAGGACACAUUGAAACAGUCCAUUUUUACAUAGUUAAGACCCUCUCCCAAGCAACCAACUAUCUUACCCAACCUGCAGUCGGUCGGCAACCACCAGUCCCAAAGGGGGAUUCACCCUCCACUCAACAACCAAAAUUGAAAAAGAAGCUAGCAGACAUGAGUAUUUCUGUCGCCACUGUUACCCUGAGUUUCUGGGUUUUACGUCUUGGUAACUAUAAAACAGCACCCAAAAAUGGAAAUGUCAAAGUGCCCCAGUUUCUCUUGUGUACAUUUAUUUCUUCUCCUUCUAACUAGGAUUACCAUACCAUGCAUCAAUUAUCAAACCAACCAACUUGUCGGUAGUGACCACCUUUCAUCAGCAAUUUUGGUUGGUUGGUUUGUUGGUUGCUUAGGACAGGUUUGACUGUUUGACUUUUCAGGCGGCGUUGGACACCUCGCAAAGCGUGAUGGGAUUUUUUAAAAUGAUAUUUUAGAUGUUGCUUGGUACAAAUCACAAACUGCAGUUUCAGAAUGAUAUAAGUACACGAGUUUGAUACAUAACUCCAGCCAUAGUACUAGUAUUAACGUAAUGAUAUAGUAAAAAUAUAGUUGGACUUUUUUCGGACAAGGAGGGUUGGGUCUCUUGUAUUCCAUUGUCACGUGUCCUCAAUUGCAAGCGAACCUAACAUUAUAUGUCCAAUAUGAAGUCUCUACCACUGACCACAAAAAUGUAUGACGUGUCUGUAUUGAUUAUGCAAAUAAGGUAUUCAUUAGAAUAGCGCACAUUCUGUUAAAUGCAUCUGGAGGUAGCUUCUCCUAAAAUAUGACUGUUAUUUUAGUGAAUAGGAACAGGUGUGUUUACCUGUGUCUGUGUGUUUCUCAAGACUGGUACUUAACCAGUGUUUUGUAGAAUUUAGGAACAAGUAUAUUAACUUGCGCGUAGACAGUGUUCAUAAUGAGAAACAUAGUAUUCAGUUAUGUUUUUAUUAGUGCUUUGGAAAUGUUUUCAGCAUAAGAAAGAAAAUACUGCGACAAAGUGAAAACAUAUAGUUGACUUAUCACGUACCGUAGAUGGUGUUGAUUUAUACGUUUGCGAUAGCACUGUUUUUAUGCACUUGUUAAUAAAAUUCAC